AUGUCCUCUCACAAAACUUCUCACCUAAAGCAAAUUGCAUGCUUGCGCCGCAAGGCUAAUCUUACGCGCAAAGAGUUCUUCGAUCACCACUUCCAAAUACACGGUGCUAUAUCGGACAAGCCGAAUUCGCCUAACGAGAAACCUCACAAAUACAUCCAAGUGCACUUUUUCGACACCGCUUUCGGCGAACGACCUGGUGGCGUCCUAGGCACCAGCAACCACCCUUGGACUGGCCGCGAUGACAUGACAGAACUAUACUUCCGAAAUUGGGACCACAUAAAGGCUUGUUUCGGCUCUGAUCACGUCCACCAUGUCGUCGGACCAGAUGGCCUGAACUUUAAUGAUCUCGAAACGGCGAUUCCAUUGAUGGCGGAGGAGAAGCCUUUGAAAUUCAACGGUAGCCUAUCCGGUGCUUCUGUGAAAGCGGAGGGAAGCAGGACCGUUGCGGUGCUCUACCUUGCAGUGCCAGUCUCCGCCCAAGACAGGGAGGAGCGGCUCGAGAGGAUUUUCUCGCCAGCCUUGACCAAGGCGCUCCUGACCCAUGCCUCUAACGAAGUUUACGGCCUCCUGGCUAACAUCAGCAUCCCUUCCGAGCAAUUCGACAUUCGAGCUUACUUUGGUGGAAAGAACAUGCCCGAGUACCCGGUAACAUACAAGAUCUUCAUCAAGGAUGCUGGAUCUGUGAGCGCGGUGCGGAAGGCGCAAAAAGCGUUUAUAGAGAGCGUAGGAGAAAAGGUCGACGACAGUAAUACGUUCAUUGCUUUUGGGGUGGAGGGAAUGGUUUUGGAUGUUGGGAAUGGCGUGAAGGUGAGUAGCCGAUGGAGAGUAAAGACUGGAAGAUGA